AGACAGAGAGUGUACCUAACCGUUUCCUCCCAAAAUUUCCUUCGUAGGCCAAUUUGUUUUUAGUGUCAACGAGUUGAACAAAAUUCCUGGUAGCCAUCAUGAGCUUUCCCUUUCGCAUUGUGAACUUUGUGCUGCAGUUGCUCACGGCGGUGCUGGAGGUGUUUGCUUUGGUAUUCCUCAUCCGCAUCCUGUCCACCCACUGCGUGCAGGGCGAGGAGUACAGGAUAUCGGUGUGGAUGUACACUUUUGCGCUGCCCUCCAUCGCCGUGCAGAGUGUGGUCCUCGUCAUAUUCCGGCUGUGCUGCACCACCGUGGGCCUCGAUCCAAUUGCGAUGACGUUUAACUUCGCCAGCGGCCUCAUCUGCAUAGUAUGCGCCCUCACCCUCGCGGUGUCCAUGAUCGAUCACUGCGGCAACGAGUUCGCCUACAUGUUCUAUAUAUCGAGCGCCUUUGGCAUAAUUGCGGGGGUCCUGCAUCUGCUGAAUGCCUGCGUGUGCAACGUUUACAUACCCCUCGGCGAAUGGGAGUACCUGAAACCCUCGAAAAGAGCAAGAAGAAAAGCUUUGCAGGGCAAAACCAAGGGGAGGAGCGUUUAAUGUGGACUGGAAAAUUUAUAAAAUCAUGUUGGUUAUACAUUUUAAAAAUAUUAUGUCUAGUAUUUUCUAGCUGCAUUUUUGAUAGAGCUAUAAAGGUUGUGUUGAGUUCAUACUAAAAUUCGGAAUAAUUAUAACUUUUGCUAUCAAAGUAAUAGAGCAAGAGCAUUGAAGUCGAAUGGUCAUUAAAUGUAAUUUAUGUAAUCAUUAUUGUACGAAAAUGAUGAUACCAUGCGAUGCCGAAAUAAUUGACAGUUGUGAAUCAUUUGGCCACAACUUAAA